CAUUGGUUGCUCUUGGAUUGAAGCAUGUAUAGAUAUUAGCCGCUCAGUUCAGCUUAGACAAAACCUUCACCAUCUUCUGUUGAAAAAAUGUGGAACAACCUUCCGUUGGACAUCCUCGCCAAGAUCUUCUCCUUCCUCUCGCCGGAAUCGUUAGCCCGGGCCAACUCAGCUUGCCGGCAUUGGCACAAGUGCGGCAGAGGUUACCUGCUGAGCACCGGAUCGGCGGUGACAUGGCAGCAUCCACCGUGGUUCGUGGCAGUGCCCAUUCGCAGCCUCAGUGGAUGCUGCUAUGUCCACAAUCCGAAUUCGGAUAAUUGGCAUGCUCUUCCCCUUGAUUUCUUGCCGGACCCGGUGAGGCUCAUUUCUCCUGUUGGUGGUGGUCUUAUCCUGCUAAGAUCCACAAGUACUACAGUCCACCAAUUAGCUCUAUGUAACCCUUUUACGAGGCAAUAUAAGCGAUUGCCGAAGUUGAACGUUUUGCGCACCAAUCCGGCCACAGGAAUUGUAAUGUUGGAGCCGAGCCGAGGUGCUUCAUUCCCUGCUUUCAGGGUGUAUGUCGCUGGAGGAAUGUCCGAUGCCCCCCGCGGUUGUGGCAUGUAUGAGUCCACGUUGGAAGCCUAUGAUUCAGUUCAUGAGAGGUGGCAGAUUAUCGGGCCGAUGCCAGUGGAAUUCGCGGUGAGGCUAACAGUCUGGACGCCUGAUGAAAGUGUAUGCUGUGAUGGGGUGCUUUACUGGAUGACCUCAGCCAGGGCCUACAGCAUCAUGGGCUUCGAGAUCGGGACAAAUAACUGGCGUGAACUAAGCGUACCAUUAGCAGAUCAGCUAGAAUUUGCGGCGCUGAUCCUCCAAAACGGGAGGCUGACACUAGUCGGCGGCAUGCAGGGAGCAGUAUCCGUGUGGGAGCUCAGUGAAGGUGAGGUUUGGAGUUUGGUUGAGGAAAUGCCACGUGAAUUGGGGUUGAAAUUGUUAGGUGGGAAGUCGAAUUGGGGCAGUACAAAAUGUGUGGGUACUGAUGGGGUUAUGUGUUUGUAUAGAGAUCUUGGGUCAGGUAUGGUUGUUUGGAGGGAAAUGAAAGAUAAGGGAAGAUGGGAAUGGUUUUGGGUUGAAGGGUGUUAUUCUAUCAGAGGCAAAAAAGUGCAGAAUUUCCCAAUAAGAGCAGUGCUCCUUCAUCCGAAUCUUGCUCCAUCUCACUUCCUCAAUUAAUGUAGACUAGGCCAAGCAUUGGUCAUAAUGUCUAUGUCCUAACUCCUGAGGAAUUCUUUAAGCAAAAUUCUGUAUAAAAUGUAAUUGAUGUUUAUCUGUAUCAAAGAUUCGUCCUGCUUGCUC